UGAGCCUCUCACAGGCCCGCCCCUAACGCGGCCGUAACCCAGGGCAACGGCCCGCCCUCUGCUGUGCGUCGCUCUAGCCAGCCAGCCAGCCGGCCGGACCGAGCCGUUCCGGGGUCUUACACCCGACUCAGUCACGUAUGAGGGUGUGAAUGAUCGCGUUCUGCUCCUGGAGCGGCGCCGCAGACCACUCCGCGUGCGGCACAAAGAGAGAGAGAGACCUUAUCCUAUUCUAAAGGAAGCGACUAACAGAGGCGAGGAAGCAAAAAACGGAGACAGAAGAAGAUAUUAAAAAUUAUAAGCAACCAUCCCAGUAAUGGAUCUCUGUCAGGAAAGUGAGUCUGAUUCAGAAAAUAGUGAAAUUCAAAGCCCAGAAGAAACUGAAAUAACCUUUACUUGUGUGGAUGAAAGAAGUGAAAAGAAUCAUGUUGACUGUCUUCUUGACAUCAGUGACCUUACGCUGGAAGAAGAUGCUGGAGCAGAUGAGUUUGUAAUUGGCACUGGCUGGGAAGAAGCUGUCCAAGGCUGGGGAAAGACUUCUCCCACUGCCUGUGUCUGGCCCAGGAAGAAACUGAAGAAGGCACGGGGCAGCAACACCACCAGCAACCUCUGCUUGCUCUGUGCCAGCCUCUCGGAGGCCAGGCCUCCCACCAAGCCCAGGAAGGUGGAGGCUGAGGCCGGGUCCAUGGCAGAGGUUGACCUGGAGGGGAAUCGGGACUCCCAGGGUCCCAGCACAGGUCCCAGGGAGGCCAGUAGAGUCUGUUUUCCUCCUGACGUCCCCCAAGGAAAAAAAAGCCUGCGAAUCAAGGAGUUCAUCUGGUGCCUGGAGGACUGGGCCGUCCCGGGGGUGAGAGGCGAGCCUGUCUCCGGGUCCCUAAGCAACAAGGACCUCCUGGUUCUGCCGCCCCUGAGAGCCUCACCCCAGAGCCGCCCCUCCGCUCCGAGUAGCAAGAGUAAGACCUUUUUCUGUCAGUCGGAAGAGGAGGCGCCUAGUGUGGACAAGGAGGAGAGCGAGGAUGUGAACGGGGAGCUGGGACCCUCGGAGCUGGCCAGGCACCAUCUGCUCAGUGACGCCUUGCCUGGCCCUGACCCCGCCUGUCCCCUGCUGGCUGAUGCAGAGCAUCAGUACUGCCCGGGCUGGUCCCUGCUGCCCCAGAGGAGACCCGCGGGCCCUGCACACCCGGGCGCCCUCCCCUACCUCACCACCUUGCAGCUCCUGCAGAAACGCGGCUUGCAGAGCUACAGAGCCAGACUCAAAGCCAGGGGUCUGGGGCCGCCCAGGAACUCCCAAAAGCGAGCCUUCACAGAGGGCAAACAUGAGCACCGGCCCGCGGUGCUGGAGGCCGACGGCCUCCCGCCGUCUCUCCUGCCAGCCCUCACGGUGAGCAGAGUGGCCAUCCCUAUCUCCACGCACAGGGUGCUCUGACUGUGACAACAGAGUUCCCCGAGGAGCUGCUGGCUCUGUGUCCUUUCUCUUCUCUCCUCUCUCGCCCCCGUACUGUGUCCUCUCCACAUCCCACCCUUUCAUAAAGCAGUACAACUAGAAAUUCAGCCUCGGAGGAUGGGUUUGGAUUUAGUGUAAAACACCAUAUUCAUGGUACCCACGUCUGCAGCUCAGCCAUUUGCAAACUGCAAAUGCAAUGCCAGCCAGGCCUCUGCCUGCCUCACCUGUCCAUGCCCAGCAGAGGCUCUGGGGAAGGUGACCAAGGUCCUCCCAACUGACAGCGGCUCUCUGUCCCCAGGUGGCUAAGAUCAAAGUGCUGCCUGGGCUUCUGAACCAGGCAGUAUCUGUCUGCUGCCUCAUUCACUCUUGCAGCAAAGAUUGGAAACAUCACUUUAAUAGAAAAUUCUAGCUCGUGUCUGCCGAGCGUCCUGUUGUCCAGUGUCACUCUUUUGUAUCAUGUUCAGGGAUGUGCACUGGGCGUUGUCACUUCUCUGUCCUGGGUGUCAUAUCCUCCUGUGGAUCGUCCUGUGCCUGGAAGUUUUAACCACAGUUUUACAGAAUCCAGCCUGGGAGGGAGGUUAAGAAUAAUUAAUCAUUUGGAAAAGAGAAAGAAAACCCCACCUGCGGCUUCUACCACUUCUGUCCACUGAGUAGUUAGUUGGGAACCCUCGGCCCCAGUCACUUAGUUCUGCCCAACUUCUGCCCUCAUUUUAUUUUAUCCCCAUGCCUAUUCCUUGAAGUUGAAUACAAAUUAAACAUUGUAAAUAAGUUACAUUUUUAAUGCCAAGUGAUGCGAUGUCGACAGAUUCUGUAUCAAACUGUUUUGUAACCUGCAUACCCUGAAGCUCCUCUGUAAUUAGACUUUAAAUGGCCUAAGGUAGUUUGGCAGCUCUGGACUGUCUCCUAUGGGAAGAAGUGGACUGAAUACCACUGCACUUGCAAACAUUGCUUUUCAUACCUGGUCUUUGUAAUAUCUGUAGCCUGGGUAUUUAUUGAUUGUAAUUUUGGGGGUCAAACACACUGCCUUGUGCAAGCUGGGCAAGUGCUGUGCCCCUGAGCUAUACCCCCAGCCCUUGUUGUUUGUUUGUUUUCUGGUACCAGGCAAUCG